AUGCGCCAGUACGGCCGCCUGCCCGAGUCCAUGGCAGCACCCGUGUGCCGCCAGCUGCUGGCCGCGCUGCACCACUGCCACACGUGCGGGGUGCUGCAUCGGGAUGUGAAGCCGGAGAACGUGCUGCUGCUGCAGCCCGGCAGUGUCAAGCAGAUCAAGCUCGUGGACUUCGGCAUUUCCACCGACGUCGAACCUGAUGCUGCCUCCUGCAAGCUAUAUGGCACACCCCUCUAUCUCGCCCCAGAGACUCUAGACGGCAUCUGGGGCCCUCCAGCAGACGUGUGGAGCACAGGAGUUCUAGUCUACGCAUUGCUCUCCGGACUGCCUCCCUUCUGGGCUGCGUCAAACGAGGCCAUUUACAAUGCCAUUCGAACUAAAGCCCCUCGCUUCUCGUCUGCACGCUGGAAGCAUGUUUCCGAGGAAGCCAAAGAGCUGCUUCAAGCCAUGCUGGUCAAAGACCCCACUAGACGAAUCACUACAAGCCAAGCAUUAGCACAUGAAUGGGUUCGGGAUACAGCAGCCACUCCACACUGCCACUCUCUCCCACCUCCCCGCAUCCUCUCGCCGCAUUCAUCAUCAAGCUUCUUCUCUGGGAGAACCCUCGACAGUGAGCCUUCCCUCUCCUCUCAGGCUUCAGUGUCCUCAGAACCUUCGGUUGCUUCAGAUAUUUCUCCCUCACCACCGGGAGGUCUGUUCAGAGAGCCAUCAUUAGCUUUAGGUCUACUUUAA